GUUAAAUAGCUCAUCUCUCAGCUGGGAGAGUCGAAACUGUGACUCAUUUGUUAACUUCGAUCCUCUCGGCUUCUCCGCAGAUAUCUGAGCACUUCACCUGCAUGGCUCAGUUACAGGCUAUUUCCUCCCCUCCAUCCAGCAAUCUCGUUUUCCAUGGCACUAAGAGAUAUGAGUCACUUCAGAUUCGUGAUAAGUUAUGCUGCUUAGGGAGAUUGUCUUCAAAUCAAGAGUUAGGGGCAAGGUCUAGUGGGCUCCAUGGGAAUGCAGUUGUUCAUCAGAAGGGAAACCUUAUUCAAGUUUCUGCUGGUCGAGGUAUUCAAGCCAUAUUGACUGGUGAAAAGGAGACUGAUGUUUCUGCAUCUCCAAAGGGCAGAGGAUUGCGUGGAAAAUUGAAUAAAGUGGUUUUAGCCUACAGUGGUGGAUUAGACACCUCAGUUAUUGUCCCUUGGCUAAGGGAGAAUUAUGGGUGUGAUGUUGUUUGCUUCACUGCAGAUGUUGGUCAAGGACUCAAGGAAAUGGAGGGUUUGGAAGCAAAGGCCAAAGCAAGUGGAGCUUGCCAAUUAGUUGUAAAGGAUUUGAAGGAGGAAUUUGUGAGAGAUUAUAUAUUUCCUUGCUUGCGUGCUGGUGCAAUAUAUGAAAGGAAGUAUUUGCUGGGGACCUCUAUGGCUCGACCUGUUAUUGCCAAGGCCAUGGUUGAUGUUGCCAAGGAAGUUGGAGCAGAUGCUGUUUCACAUGGAUGCACUGGGAAGGGAAAUGAUCAGGUCCGAUUUGAACUGACCUUUUUCGCUUUGAAUCCUGAACUAAAUGUUGUGGCUCCAUGGAGAGAAUGGGAAAUACAAGGGCGAGAAGAUGCUAUUGAAUAUGCAAAGAAACACAAUGUGCCUGUACCAGUUACUAAGAAAUCUAUCUACAGCAGAGACCGGAACUUAUGGCACCUCAGCCAUGAGGGAGACAUUCUGGAAGACCCUGCAAAUGAGCCAAUGAAGGAUAUGUACAUGAUGACUGUUGACCCGGAAGAUGCACCCAACAAACCUGAGUAUCUGGAGAUUGGAAUUGUUUCAGGACUCCCUGUCUCAGUGAAUGGAAAAGAGCUCUCCCCAGCAUCUCUUCUCACAGAGCUUAAUGAAAUUGGUGGUAGACAUGGGAUUGGCCGUAUCGACAUGGUUGAAAACCGGCUUGUUGGAAUGAAAAGCCGUGGGGUCUAUGAAACUCCUGGAGGGACCAUCCUCUUUGCUGCUGCCCAAGAACUCGAGUCCUUGACACUUGACCGGGAGACAAUGCAGGUUAAGGAUUCACUUGCAUUAAAAUAUGCCGAGCUGGUGUAUGCAGGUAGAUGGUUUGAUCCACUUCGACAGUCAAUGGAUGCAUUCAUGGAGAAGAUAACUGAGACCACAACAGGGUCAGUGACCCUGAAACUGUAUAAAGGAUCUGUCACAGUGACAGGUCGGAAAAGUCCAUAUAGCCUGUAUAGGCAAGAUAUAUCAUCAUUUGAGAGUGGCCAAAUAUACGACCAGGCUGAUGCUGCUGGUUUCAUACGGCUAUAUGGUCUCCCAAUGAGGGUUCGAGCAAUGCUGGAGAAGGGUAUCUGAAGACUCUUCUCUCUCUCUCUCUCUCUCUCUCUCUCUCUCUUUAAUGUAGUGAAGGUGUAAACAGUCGGUAGGUGUUUCAUUGAACCCAAACCAGGGAAGCAGAUAGAA